CAAGUGUAACGUCAUUUGCAUAUAAUAAAAUAUGCCUACGUAUUGCUCGAGUUCAGAGGUCAGCUAGCAUAUUGCCUGUCUCAUAGGUUUUUCUGGCGCAGAGCUCGAGGAUUACUGUGUUCAAAUUUAGUAAAAUACUGGACAAAUAGUACUGUCUUUGUGAGAUGUGAUUAUUGAAUAUUUCUAAAUCUAUAUCGACAUUGACAGAUGCCAUUUUAGUGAUAUUUAGUUCAGGCGCCGCGUGGAGCAGAGAACUGGGGAGGUCCUUCAGCAAUAGGGAAGGGUAUUUUAACCACCAAACGAGCCCGAUGUUUAUAUUGGUGCAAAUUGAAGUAUGCCCGCGGAGCGCAACAAGUCGGUAAACAUGGACGAGAAAGAUGUGUGUUCGUUUUUAAACAAGGAGAAAGACAAGGACCGAGAGACAGAAAGGAGGCCUGCCUCUUCCCGGGAGAAAUCGAAGGAUGAGACGAAGGCGUGUGCAAAGAAAGACAACGGCAAAGCCGCGGAAGAGAAACGGAGACGUUUGGAAGAGGAUAAGAGAAAGAAAGAAGAGAAAGACCGUAAGAAAAAAGACGAAGAAAGGUUGAAAGCAGAGGAGGAGCAGAAGCAGAGGGAAGAGGAGGAAAGGAAACUGAAAGAGGAAGAGGAGAAGAAAAGGAUGCAGGAGGAAGAAGAGAAGAGACAGCGUGAAGAAGAGGCAAAUCUACUCAAAGAGAAGGAGGAGGGCCACCAGCUCCACCAGGAGGCGUGGGAGCGCCACCAGUCGCGCAAGGAGCUGCGCGUCCGCAACCAGAACGCCCAGGAGGGCCGCCCCGAGGAGGCCUUCUUCAGCCGGCUGGACUCCAGCCUGAAGAAGAACACGGCCUUCGUCAAGAAGCUGCGCACGCUGACCGAGCAGCAGCGCGAGGCGCUCUCCAGCGACUUCGCCUCGCUCAACCUCAGCAAGUACAUCGCCGAGGCGGUGGCCUCGGUGGUGGAGGCCAAGCUGAAGAUCUCGGACGUGGGCUGCUCCGUGCACCUGUGCUCGCUCUUCCACCAGCGCUACGCCGACUUCGCGCCGCUCCUGCUGCAGGCCUGGCGGCGGCACUUCGAGGCGCGCAAGGAGGAGAAGACGCCCAACGUGAGCAAGCUGCGCACCGACCUGCGCUUCGUCGCCGAGCUGACGGUGGUGGGCCUGUUCACCGACCGCGAGGGCCUGUCGCUCAUCUACGAGCAGCUCAAGGCCAUCAUCGGCGCCGACCGCGAGACGCACACCCACGUCUCCGUGGUGAUCAGCUUCUGCAAGCACUGCGGCGACGACGUGGCCGGCCUGGUGCCGCGCCGGGUCCGGGCGGCGGCCGAGAAGUUCGGCCUGGCCUUCCCGCCCAGCGAGAUCAUCAGCGCCGAGAAGCAGCAGCCCUUCCAGAACCUUCUGCGGGAGUACUUCACCUCCCUCACCAAGCACCUGAAGAAGGACCACCGCGAGCUGCAGAACAUCGAGAGGCAGAACAGGCGUAUCCUGCAUUCCAAAGGGGAGCUGAGCGAAGACAGACACAAGCAGUACGAGGAGUUCGCCACCUCGUACCAGAAGCUCCUGGCCAACACGCAGUCGCUGGCAGACCUGCUGGACGAGAACAUGCCAGACCUGCCCCAGGAUAAGACCGUGCAGGAAGAGCACGGCCCGGGCAUCGACAUCUUCACCCCGGGGAAGCCGGGGGAGUACGACCUGGAGGGGGGGAUUUGGGAGGACGAGGACGCGCGAAACUUCUACGAGAACAUGGUGGACCUGAAGGCCUUCGUCCCCGCCAUCCUCUUCAAGGACAACGAGAAGGGCCUGCCGGGCAGAGAGAGGGAGGAAAGCAAAGAUGCCAAAGAGGUGAAGGAGGUGGCCAGCACGGAGGAGCUGGAGCUGGAACUGGAGACCCUGGACAUCGCAGACGACACCCUGGAGCUGGAGGCCGGUGACGAGGCGGAGGGGGAGGAGUUUGCCAAGAAGCUUCUGGACGAGCAAGAACAAGAGGACGAGGAGGCCAGCACUGGCUCUCACCUGAAGCUCAUCGUAGACGCCUUCAUCCAGCAGCUGCCCAACUGCGUCAACAGGGACCUAAUCGACAAGGCCGCCAUGGAUUUCUGCAUGAACAUGAACACCAAGGCUAACCGGAGGAAGCUAGUCCGGGCUCUCUUCACUGUUCCACGGCAACGGCUUGACCUCCUCCCGUUCUACUCCCGCCUGGUGGCCACCCUGCACCCCUGCAUGUCGGACGUGGCUGAGGACCUGUGCUCCAUGCUGAAGGGGGACUUCCGGUUUCACAUCAGAAAGAAGGAUCAGAUCAACAUUGAAACGAAAAACAAAACGGUGCGAUUCAUUGGGGAGCUCGCCAAGUUCAAGAUGUUCUCCAAAACGGACACUCUUCAUUGCCUGAAGAUGCUGCUCUCGGACUUCUCGCACCACCACAUUGAGAUGGCCUGCACUCUGCUGGAGACCUGCGGCCGCUUCCUCUUCAGGUCCCCGGAAUCGCACCUGCGCACCAGCGUGCUCCUGGAGCAAAUGAUGCGUAAGAAGCAGGCCAUGCACCUGGACGCGCGCUACGUGACCAUGGUGGAGAACGCGUACUACUACUGCAACCCACCGCCCGUGGAGAAGACCGUGAGGAAGAAGAGGCCGCCGCUGCAGGAGUACAUCCGCAAGCUCCUGUACAAGGACCUGUCCAAGGUCACCACCGAGAAGGUGCUGAGGCAGAUGCGGAAGCUGCCCUGGCAGGACGCGGAGGUGAAGAACUACCUGAUCUGCUGCAUGGUCAACAUCUGGAACGUCAAGUACAACAGCAUCCACUGCGUGGCCAACCUUCUGGCCGGGCUGGUGGCCUACCAGGAGGACGUGGGCAUCCAUGUGGUGGACGGGGUGCUGGAGGACAUCCGGCUGGGCAUGGAGGUGAACCAGCCCAAGUUCAACCAGAGACGCAUCAGCAGCGCCAAGUUCCUGGGCGAGCUCUACAACUACCGCAUGGUGGAGUCGGCGGUCGUCUUCCGCACGCUCUUCUCCUUCAUCUCGUUCGGCGUGAGCCCCGACGGCGCCCCCAGCGUCCUGGACCCCCCCGAGCACCUCUUCCGCGUCCGCAUGGUCUGCACCCUGCUGGACACCUGCGGCCAGUACUUCGACCGCGGCUCCAGCAAGCGGAAGCUCGACUGCUUCCUCAUCUACUUCCAGCGCUACAUCUGGUGGAAGAAGAGCACGGACGUGUGGACGAAGGAGCACCCGUUCCCCAUCGACAUCGACUACAUGAUCAGCGACACGCUGGAGCUGCUCCGGCCCAAGAUGAGGCUGUGCUGCUCGCUGGAGGAGGCCACGCGGCAGGUCACCGAGCUGGAGAGGGAGUUCCUGCUCAAGCUGGGCCUGGCCAUGGAAAAGGACGGCAAGUGCUCCAGCACCAUGGGCGAGGGGGAGGCCCUGGACGAAGAGGAUGAUGAUGAUGACGAAGAGGGCGGGGCCGAGACCGAGGAGCAGUCUGGGAAUGAGAGUGAGAUGAAUGACCAUGAAGAGGAGGAGGGGUCCGAAAACGAGGAGGAAGAGCGAGAGGAAGAGGAGGAGGAAAACACGGACUACCUGACCGACUCCAACAAAGAGAACGAAACGGACGAGGAGAACAACGAGGUGACCAUUAAGGGCGGGGGUCUGAAGCACGUGGCCUGCGCUGAGGACGAGGACUUCAUUCAGGCUCUGGACAAGAUGAUGCUGGAGAACCUGCAGCAGCGGAGCGGCGAGUCGGUGAAGGUGCACCAGCUGGACGUGGCCAUCCCGCUGCAGCUGAAGAGCCAGCUGAAGAAGGGCCCCGCCCCCGCCUGCAGCGCCGACGCCGACAUCGCCGACGCCGCCGACACCAUGCAGUUCGUCAUGCUCACCAGGAAGGGCAACAAGCAGCAGUUUAAGAUCCUGAACGUGCCGCUCUCCUCCCACCUGGCUGCCAAUCACUUCAACCAGCAGCAGGCGGAGCAGGAGGAGCGCAUGCGCAUGAAGAAGCUCACGCUCGACAUCAACGAGCGCCAGGAGCAGGAGGACUACCAGGAGAUGAUGCAGUCCCUGGCCCAGCGGCCUGCCCCGGCCAACACCAACCGAGAGAGGCGACCGCGGUACCAGCACCCCAAGGGGGCGCCCAACGCCGACCUCAUCUUCAAGACCGGAGGAAGGAGACGCUGACGCGGGCGCUACAGAGCGGAGCUCCAGAAGUGAGCCCCCCACCGGCCGACCGAGAGGAGCGCAGACCCCCCCUCCCCCCCACCUCACCACCACUGCAGGAGGGACAGCUGCCCGCACCCGGUAGAGGGGGACGGCCGCAGGACCACCCCGCCUCUAACCCCU